AGGGAUCAUAUAGUUAUCAUCUACCACUUUUCUCUUCUUUUAUACUAAGCAUAAAGUAAGACCAACCGGCGGUCGACAAGGAUUCAUCGUCGUAGCGGACAUUCCGUGACAGAGUGAGCUCAACGGCAGCAUAAUGAUGAUGAUGCGUGCGUCACGCAAUGUGACACUAGGCACUCACCAUCAAUUCUGUUGCCCUAUUACGAUUCUUUAAGGUGAUGAUUUAGUUUUCAGAUAAUUUACUACGCACAACAAAGUGAUAGAGCUUGACGCGCGAGCUGGUUAGAUCCGUAAGACCGUAACGUACCGAUUACAGCCAUGAACUCAAUCGUACUAACGCAUCAAGUGGUUGGUCGAUUGUCAAUAGAAUCGAACCAUAGUCUUCAUUAUUACAUUCGUUCAAUACAAAUCUAAUUCAACAAGCUGGACCAAGCAAGAUCCAGUGCUGUAGCCCAUUCAUAAAACAAUCAUCCCUUUGACCACAACCAAAAACAUUGCCAACGUAAAACCGUCUCCCCGUUUGCUCGCAUUUGACGCACUUUCUCGGCGCGAACAAUAAACCCAUCUAUUCCAUUUUUCAUCUGAGCUUUUUGCACGUGUGUCUCGCCAAGUAAAAACACCUGCAUCAAUCGACGUCACCCGUUCCUCCAAGACUUGGGAUUGUAUAUAAAACCCAGCUAUUCGCUACCACAACUCAGAAUCUUCCGUUAUCAGCAUUCUCAUUUCGACGGUAAAGCUACGAAAUGAAGCAGCACUUCCUUACUACCAUCUUACUUGCCGUCAGCCUGCUGACUGGCCCAACUCUGGCGCAAAUUAACGUCGGUGUCGGAGGCAUUGGAGUCACUGUUCUGGGAUCGUCCUCGCUCGUUGGCGUAACUGUUGCCGGUGCUACCACCACGGUUGCUGCUGCAACCACGACUGCUGCCCCGACGACUACAGCCGCCCCGACGACUACAGCCGCGGCUGCCACUACAGCUGCCGGAGCCACGACGACCGUUGCUGGUAACACAGUCGUCUUCGACAUCAACGGAAGCAUCGUUACUGUAGCUUCAAGCGAUCAAGCUACGAUCGACGCGAUUCUUGCAGCUCUAGCUGCCGCCACUACAACGACUGUAGCAGCCACAACUACGACGGCUGCGCCCACAACGACGACUGCUGCGCCCACAACGACGACGGCUGCGCCCACAACUGCUGCUACAACUGCGGCAACAACGACGACGGCUGCGCCCACAACGACGACGGCUGCGCCCACAACUGCUGCUACAACUGCGGCAACAACGACGACUGCUGCGCCCACAACUGCUGCUACAACUGCGGCAACAACGACGACGGCUGCGCCUACAACGACGACCGCUGCUGCUACUACUACGACUGCGGCCACUACCAUCACGGUUACGGUCAUUAUAAAUGGACAAACUGUAACUCUAACAGCCACCGAUGCCACCAUCCUCAACCUUCUAACCCAGCUCAUGAAUAGUAUGUCAACGACGACCACCGCGACGACAACUACUGCUGCCCCAGCCACGACGACCGUAACGGCCACUAACGUAGGAGGAGGCUGUCACAGGCAUGGAAGCCACGAACGAUUCGGAGGUGUCGGUAUCGGAAUUGGCGCCGGCAUUGGUUUGGGUGGUCUCGGCAUCAGAGGAGGAAUUGGGGCAGGAAUCGGUGGCCGUGGAGGAAUUGGGGCAGGAAUCGGUGGCCGUGGAGGAAUCGGUGGAUUCCAGCCCAGGCCCGGAGUCGGCGUCGUCCGCCCUGUUCUCGGUGCACUAGCUAACACGGCCGGUAACGUUGUCAGUUCGGGACUGAACUUAGCAGGAGGCCUAUUGGGUGGUGCAGCAAACCUUGCCGGAGGUAUUGUACGAGGCGUCGGUACGGCCGUGAGCGGUAUCGGAGCUGGAAUCAAUGCAGUGGGCGGUGGAGGCUUGAACGCUAAUGUGCGACCCUCUGCACAGUUUGGAUCCAACGGAGGUUUCGGUUUCAAUGCUGGGCUUGGUGGUAGAAUUGGCAGUGGACUCGGUUUCGGAGCAGGACUUGGAGGUGGUUUCGGAGGAGGACUUGGUGGUGGGUUCUUGGCACGUGCCGGAUAAACGAUUCAACCAUUCCAACGUUUUUGAAAAUAGCUAAUAUGCAGCAAUAAAGAAUAGAAUUCAUGCCUAC